AUGCCAAGGGCCCCGAGGAAUCAUAGCAAGACCUACAAGGUCCCCCGUCGCCCGUUCGAGUCUGCUCGUCUCGAUGCCGAGCUGAAGCUCGCCGGUGAAUACGGCCUCCGCAACAAGCGUGAGAUCUGGCGUAUCGCCCUCACCCUCUCCAAAAUCCGUCGUGCCGCUCGCGAACUGCUCAAGCUCGACGACAAGGACCCCAAACGCCUUUUUGAAGGUAACGCCCUUAUCCGGCGUCUCGUGCGUAUCGGUGUGCUCGACGAGAGCCGCAUGCGUCUCGAUUACGUGCUGGCCCUGAAGAUUGAGGAUUUCUUGGAGCGAAGGCUGCAAACUCAGGUGUUCAAGAGCGGUCUCGCUAAGAGCAUCCAUCAUGCGCGUGUGUUGAUCAGGCAAAGGCACAUUCGUGUUGGCAAGCAGAUUGUCAACGUUCCUUCCUUUGUCGUCCGUCUCGACUCUCAAAAGCACAUUGACUUUGCGCUCACUUCGCCCUACGGCGGAGGCCGCCCAGGUCGCGUCAAGCGCAAGCGAGUAAACUAA